AUGCGAAGUAAUUUCUUGCGAAUAUCGUAUUAAAUAUGCGCACCAGUUAUAAAAAGAAUCGUCCGUUUGAUUUUAAGCUAAUUGACCAUGUCGAACCAAAUACCGUGCUGUAUAAACGCCAGACGGGACUUUCGAAUUACGACGUUAUGAAGGUCAAAACGGAAAUCUGGUCCAAAAUAGCAGAAAUUAUGGAGUGCGAUGUGAAAUUCUGCCUGAUGCGUUGGAACAAUCUGCACUACCAGUUUCGCAAAGAAUCUCGUCGACCUGGUGGUUCCACAUGGCCAUAUUUUGAGCGACUCCGUUUUCUGAAGGAAGUGCAAACUCGACAGAAAACCAGGCUGAAGGCAGAAAACCAGACAGCUGACGAGGUGCCGAAGGAAUCGUUUGUGGAUCAGGAUGAGUUGCAGUCUUUCAAUGAUUGUGUCGUGAUGCACGUCACCGAUGAAAUGGAACAGCAUGCGGACAGCACACUCAUAAUUGAGGAAAUCAUUGAACAGACAAAUGAUCAAAUUUUACACGAAGAAAUCAUUUACGAGGAAGAUGCUGAAGUGGAUGAAGUGGAGCAUGAUGAAGAGGAACAUCUGCCAGUUACCAUAGAACCCACUGCGAAAGAAAGGGUGGCGCCUCCUCACUCUGAAUUGAGUAAACUGCUCGCGUCGCCUGCCAGUGAUUAUCAGAAAAUGGGCAAAAUCCUCGGUCAACUGAAGGGACAACAAAAAGAAUUAGCGGAGCGUCGCAUCCUGGCCUUUGUGCUCAAGUGUCAGCUGCGAGCGUUGGUCGAUGAACCCAUCGAUGAUCUAGUUAUUUAAAACUGAUUAGACAUAGGAAUUGUAUAUAGAUUGACUUUAAUAACACCAACUAAACAAGAAA